AUGGCACAAGUAGCACAAUCUGAAUGGAACGUUGAGUUCCAGAGAUAUAUCGUCCCCUUGUGGAGUGCAGAGCACGGACGAUACUACUGGCAGCAUUAUGUUGAAGGUCAAGGUUGGACCUUUUUUGACUGGGCUCCUUUUGGCUGGACUCCUUCAGCGCAGAAUUUUUCACAGUCGCUGCAUUCAUCUCAGGCUCAGUCGCAUGCGCGCACCGACUCGGUGCAAACGGUGACGUCGUCUAGCGGCGGUCCUGCUGGCUACGGACGGGGUGAAACCAUUCAGGGCAGCUACCAACCAGAAAAUCCGUAUCCGAACAGCCACUAUGAGGUGCUUGAUCCUUCAUUCUAUGUCAGAUCCGGUGCCUUCUUUGAGGAAGGAAAGGUUUUUGCUGUUCUUUUUACUGAGACGGCGGGUGCUAACGCUAUAAACCCUAUGGCCGAUUACAACACCAGUCUCUCCAGAGUGAAGUACAAUGAAUUCGCACACACCCAGGUACGCAGAUUCAUUGUCACUAAAAGCAAACGCGAAUUUUGCUUCGCGGUUCCCAUCUUCUCUUAUGGCAACAGGGGUACCACCAAGCAUGGGGUGGUUCCCGAUGAGCAUGCCAUUGCCUAUUCUUUGGGAAUGCAACCGCAGCUCGUACCUGGUGAAGCGCCCCUUGUAAAAGCUCCCAUUCCUAUUGUCAUGGACACGGGCGCGCCUCCACUAGCUGUAGCGUCGAGGAUCUACUUCGCCAUUCACCACCCAAUUCAGUACAAUGUCAAGGUCAAAAGCCUAGGCUACGUACAUCCUGAUUACUUACCUACCUUCCUUGGAUACUGGAACCAGGAAAAUUUCGACUCCGAGCAAGACCCUGAAGUGACGCAGAAUACCAACAACACGGAUGGUGCCUGA